CCGGGCCAAUCGCUUCCUUCUUUACGCCCACUGUGCCCCCUGCCCCCGCCCAUCACCUCCUCCCGUCCAAUUACACCUGUCUCUCCCUCCGCGGCCCCGCCCCGAGGGCCCCGCCCCUCCAGCCCCGCCCCCCGUCCAAUGCUGAGCUCAGUCUGCGUCUCGUCUUUCCGCGGGCGCCAGGGGGCCAGCAAGCAGCAGCCGGCACCGCCGCCGCAGCCACCCGAGUCCCCACCGCCGCUGCCUCCGCCGCCGCCGCCGCCGCUACAGGAGCAGCAGCAACAGCAGCAGUCUGCGGAGCCCGACCCCGCCGCGUCUCCGGCGGGUCCCCCGGCACCCCGCGGGCCCGGGGGCCGGCGCGCCGAGCCAUGCCCCGGGCUGCCGGCGGCGGCCAUGGGGCGGCACGGCGGCGGUGGCGACAGCGGCAAGAUCGUGAUCAACGUGGGCGGCGUGCGCCAUGAGACGUACCGCUCGACGCUGCGCACCCUGCCGGGGACGCGGCUGGCCGGCCUGACGGAGCCCGAAGCGGCGGCGCGCUUCGACUACGACCCCGGCUCGGACGAGUUCUUCUUCGACCGGCAUCCGGGCGUCUUCGCCUACGUGCUCAACUACUACCGCACCGGCAAGCUGCACUGCCCGUCCGACGUGUGCGGGCCGCUCUUCGAGGAGGAGCUCGGCUUCUGGGGCAUCGACGAGACCGACGUGGAGGCCUGCUGCUGGAUGACCUACAGGCAGCACCGCGACGCCGAGGAGGCGCUCGACUCCUUUGAGGCGCCUGACUCCUCGGCUGCCGCCAACGCUGCCAACGCGGGGGGCGCGCACGACGCGGGCCUGGACGACGAGGCGGGAGCGGGCGGCGGCGGCCUGGACGGUGCGGGCGGCGAGCUCAAGCGUCUCUGCUUCCAGGACGCGGGCGGCGGCGCUGGGGGGCCGCCAGGGGGCGCGGGCGGCGCGGGCGGCACGUGGUGGCGUCGCUGGCAGCCUCGCGUGUGGGCGCUCUUCGAGGACCCCUACUCGUCGCGGGCCGCCAGGUAUGUGGCCUUUGCCUCCCUCUUCUUCAUCCUCAUCUCCAUCACCACCUUCUGCCUGGAGACGCACGAGGGCUUCAUCCACAUCAGCAACAAGACAGUGACGCAAGCCUCGCCCAUCCCGGGGGCGCCCCCCGAGAACAUCACCAACGUGGAGGUGGAGACAGAGCCCUUCCUGACCUACGUGGAGGGCGUGUGCGUGGUGUGGUUCACCUUCGAGUUCCUCAUGCGCAUCACCUUCUGCCCGGACAAGGUGGAGUUCCUCAAGAGCAGCCUCAACAUCAUCGACUGCGUGGCCAUCCUGCCCUUCUACCUGGAGGUGGGCCUGUCGGGGCUCAGCUCCAAGGCGGCCAAGGACGUGCUGGGCUUCCUGCGUGUCGUCCGCUUCGUCCGCAUCUUGCGCAUCUUCAAGCUCACUCGCCACUUCGUGGGGCUGCGGGUACUGGGCCACACCCUCCGUGCCAGCACCAACGAGUUCCUGCUGCUCAUCAUCUUCCUGGCGCUGGGGGUGCUCAUCUUCGCCACCAUGAUCUACUACGCCGAGCGCAUCGGUGCCGAUCCGGAUGACAUCCUGGGCUCCAACCACACCUACUUCAAGAACAUCCCCAUCGGCUUCUGGUGGGCCGUGGUCACCAUGACCACACUGGGCUAUGGCGACAUGUACCCCAAGACGUGGUCGGGGAUGCUGGUCGGGGCGCUGUGUGCCUUGGCCGGGGUGCUGACCAUCGCCAUGCCCGUACCCGUCAUCGUCAACAACUUUGGCAUGUACUACUCGCUGGCCAUGGCCAAGCAGAAGUUGCCCAAGAAGAAGAACAAACACAUCCCCCGGCCCCCCCAACCUGGCUCCCCCAAUUACUGCAAGCCUGAGCCCCCGCCCCCACCCCCGCCCCCCCACCCGCACCACGGUGGCAGCGGGGGCAUCAGCCCGCCCCCGCCCAUCACCCCACCCUCCAUGGGGGUGACAGUGUCUGGGGCCUACCCGCCUGGGCCCCACACGCACCCCGGGCUGCUCAGGGGGGGAGCGGGCGGGCUGGGGAUCAUGGGGCUGCCCCCGCUGCCGGCCCCCGGUGAGCCCUGCCCUUUGGCUCAGGAAGAAGUGACUGAGAUCAACCAGGCAGAUCCCCGCCCCAACGGUGACCCGGCGGCGGCGGCGCUGGCCCAUGAGGACUGUCCAGCCAUCGACCAGCCAGCACUGUCCCCCGAAGACAAGAGCCCCAUCACCCCCGGGAGUCGGGGCCGCUACAGCCGUGACCGAGCCUGCUUCCUCCUCACGGACUAUGCCCCUUCCCCCGAUGGCUCCAUCCGAAAAGGUUACGAGAAAUCCCGCAGUCUAAGCAGCAUCGCUGGCCUGAGUGGGGUGUCCCUGCGCCUCGCACCCCUUACCACUCCCCCUGGCUCUCCCAGCUCUCCCAGGACCACCCGCCGUGCUCCCCCCACCCUGCCGUCCAUCCUCUAGUGCUCCCCUACCCCCCUGUGGGGGGUCUCGGGGGUGACAGGGAAGAAGGUCAAAGGAGCUGCGGGUGGGGGGUGGGAAUAGGGUUUUUACUUUUAAGGAAAAAAGUCAAUAAUAUGCAACCGAGAGACGCCAGCAGACACCCCUGGGCCCCUCACCCCCACCGGGCCCCCCAAGAUGGGGAGGGGGGGGGAAGGAGCCAAAGUCCAGCCCUGCCCCCUAGCUCCCCUCCCCCCAGAAAUAAAGCUGCUCAGGUCUCCGAGAGCCAUAGGAACCCUAUCCCCGGCACCUUGUGCAGAAGCGUCAGAACCACGUGACCAACAUCUCGGGGCUCCCCUCCUUGCUCUGCAUGUCUGCCCCGGCCUGGACGCCCCCCUCAGCAAUAAGCCUCGGACUGCAUGCCGCCUUCCAGGGAUGGGCGCUGGGCAGGGGCGGGACCCCCCAGGGGGUCAGGCUGAUCAUUAAGCCAGAGGGUCCCCGGCCUCCAAUUUUCACCCCCGGAGGGCAACCCAGCAAGUACUGAUCACGGCAGGGGGGGUGGGGGGUGGAAAAUAGCACUGUGAGGGAAGGGGUCUCAGUCACUCGGUCCCCUGGAACAGCAGAGUCAGAUGGGGGUGGGACUCGGGUCCUGCACGUGCUCGCAGCCUCCCUCUGCAUGGACUCGGGUGCCCUCCAGCCCCCUGGAUGAUCGGCUCUUGCGCAUAAGUUUCUCCCCUUUGCCAGAGACCUGCACCCAGAACCCCCAACACCCUGCUUCCCCUGACCCCCAUACGCUCCGGGGACAGCCACUGCGCAUGGGAUGCCUCCCCUCCAUGCCCCACCUCCUAGCCCUUCCGAACUCUCCAAGACUAGACCCCCCCCCCCUUCCCUUCAGCUCACUUUCAGCCUCUGGGAUGCGCCAGAUCCUUCCUACAAAUCGGACAUUCCCCGGAGACACCCCCAGAGCCUCAGGCCGCCCUUACCCUUCUCAGUUGCCCCAAAUCUCAGACAUCCACCUCAGGUCCCCCGUGGCCCGCGCCAGAUGCGCUAGCCCUGGAAGCAGCGCUGGGGACCCAGACCUUCCCAGGGCUGGCCCGCCCCACCAGACCUCCUUCCCUUCAGGGGUGCCCAAAGGCAUCCGUCAGGGACACCCUGUCUUUCCGGAGUCCGCAGGGGCCAAGGUCGGGGUUUGGGGGGUUGAGCCAAGUACCAAGGCUGCCGCUGCUCAGCGGUUCCUGGGGCAGUGGAAGCCCCGCCCUGCCCUAGGCUGCACGAGGGAAGGGGCGCCGACUCAGGGGUCAGGGGGUCACCCACCCACCGCCCCUCCAUAACGGCGGGUGGGAAAUCAUCUCACACCCCAUCCUGGCUCAAGGACUCGCUACCUCCCCCACGCCCAGACACGUUCCGGGCCCCCCAUUUCCUUAGAGGAUGUCCCCCCUUUUGGAGUUGGGGGGUCCCCAGAAUUAGCCGCUCCUCUCCCUCCGCUCCAAGGACCUCAGGACCUUCCCCUCUCCCCCAGACACCCGAGGGUUGGUGGGGAGUGUCACUGAGCACGAUUCUUGAUGCAAUGAUUCCUAUGCAAGGGGCAUUUCCAGUCCCCCUCCUUCCCCUGGCCCCUAAACCCUGGCGAAUCAGGGGGGCGGGGUGGGGCGGGUUCCGGUGGGGGUGGGGCGGGGCAAAGGGCUAGGGGCUGCGUCACCAGGGUCUGGGGGGCGGGGACGAUUCUAUUGCCAAAGGGUUUAACUUCUUUACAAACACCCCAAGAUCAAAAGCCAACCCCCCCCCCCCCCGCCCCUGACCCUCAGGAGCCCGAUGUGGGUGGGGAGGAUCUUUU